AUGAUAAAAGACAUAUACCCCGCUUUCAAAAAAGAUCCUAAUGUUCUGUUGUCAGGAAGCCGGUUGUUCCAGGUGGUCACAGGUGAUAGCAUAACUAUGAGCACACCUUGGGCUGAUGUAGAUUAUGUGUUCAUGCCUCUCCUGCCCACGAAUAAAGCUCACUGGUUGCUAGGUCUGCUAGAAUUCAGAAGCCACAGAUUGAUCGUGUUCAAUUCAGCUGGUAAAACUUACCAUGACUGGAAGGUGCUAAAAGGUGUUGAGCCUCAUGUGAAGAUAUUGCCUGCUCUUAUGAAUGCAUUGGGAAUUUCGAAAAAAGACCCUGACUAUAAUGGAUCUGGGUGCAUGGAAUUGAAGGUGACCGUUGACACUGCCAUACCCCAACAGAUGAAUGGUCAUGAUUGCGGGGUGUUCGUCAUAUUAUAUGCUUUAUAUAUCCUUCGAGAUGGCAGAUCUUCUAUAACACAGAAAUUUGAUGUCGCCAAGUGUAGACUUGAUAUUGCAUCGCUACUCUACAAACAUCGGGAGACCUAUGUGAAGAAUCCGAGGCAGGCCACAAAAGGAGAGGGCAUUGUCAUUGAAUGAGGAUUGUCACAAAAGUUUUUGUAAACGGAUUUUAUGCUCGAAUAUGUAGUCUUUUAUAAAUCAAUG